AUGACGCGCAUGGACACGCGGGAUUCACAAUCUGUAACAAUCAAACCGCGUCCUAAAAGUGCAAAUCUCUGUAGAUUCUGUUUUACAAUCGCAGUAGCAACAUUCGUAGCAGCUAUUUACUUUGUUUUCAAAAGUCCUAUUGAGUCUUUGGGAGACCCUUCCGAUCAAUUUACCAUAACAAAUAUACCUAAAACCUACACUAGGUUAGAAGAUAUUGAUCCUGACGAAAGAGACGUAUUUCAAGGUUUCCGCACUUCAUUUCUACCGCCUGAGGAAAUAGUGCUUGCUCGCAGAAACUCAGAUGAUACAAAAGAAUUUUAUGAAGGAAAUGUGACAAGUGAUAUAUUUAUAUGGGGAGCUCCUGGAAAACAGCAUGCUACGCCGACCAGGGUGAAGCGAAUGAGCCGUUUUAGCCUUCAUUCACAGGGCAAUGAACAAGAGAGAUUCCAAGGACAGCCUAAAGACGUAAACGGUGAAAUUGAAGAUGAAUAUGUUGAAACUGAGAGUAAAGCUCGAGAGGACUAUGAUGAUAGUCAAUAUGAAGAUGACGAGAGUAUUGAAAGUAUUGUUCGUCCGGAAAUGCACGUAGACCGGGGGCCUUUAGAUGAUGUCGUGGAGCAAAUCCGUGGUCAACCGGAACUAGAAGAAGGCGAAAUGAUUUCUUCAGUUCACAUAUACAAACCGUCCAAAUCCUUUACAGGUAUUCACUCUUUCUGGAAAGGUGAGGGGGAUAAAAAUGCAAUCCGAACCACACAAGCAAAGAUAAUGAAACAGUUUAUGGAUGCCGAUGCAGAUCCUUGCCAUGACUUCUAUCAGUACGCGUGUGGCAACUGGGCUUCCUUAAAUCCCAUUCCUGCUGAUAAAGCAGGAUAUGAUACUUUUGAAAUGCUUAGAGAAAAUUUAGACACAGUUCUAAAAGACCUGUUAGAAUUUAAGCCUCAUGAAAAGGUUCAUUGUACUUAUCCAGGCCCGCAUUUAGUAUUGGAAGAUAACUUUUUGAUCAACGAACAAUCUUUUUACAACAAUAUUUCUGCUGUAGAUCGAAAUGACCAUUGUUGUAAUAUCAGUGCAUCGGAAAAAGCACAAGUGCUAAAUCGAAUUCGAAGAUAUUUAGAUAGAAAACUAAUUUUAUCAAAAAUGAAAAGUCAAUUUCAAAAAUACGUAAUUAAUACUAAUAAGAGAAAAAAAGAAAGGCAUUUAAAAAAAGAAACUAAUAACGAGAUAGUCAGAAGAACUGAAGAAAUACGAUUUGGUAGAAGAUUAAUGAUGUUUAAAAGGCGGGUGAAAAAUAUGCACGAUAGGAAAAAUACAACUACUCUUCAUACAUAUGUUUCAAUAAGUACUACUCGGAGAAGUAGUGGCAUUACUCACCCUAAACAUGAAACGGAAAGAAAAGAAAUGAAAAAUGAUCUAGCUAAAGGUGAUGCUGCAUUAAAAGCCAGAUUUCUCUUCAAGUCUUGUAUGAACUAUGAAAUUUUAGAAAAACGGGGCCAUCAACCUCUUUUGGACUUGUUGGAUCUUCUUGGUGGUUGGCCUAUACUAAAUUCUUCUUGGGUUGGAACUAAUUUCGAUUGGCUUGAGCUAAUGGCAAAGUUGAGGUUAUACAAUAAUGAUAUUCUAAUAUCGGAAUGGGUUGGACCUGACAUCAAAAACUCUGAUGAAUUUGUGAUACAAUUUGACCAAACGAGUUUAGGAUUACCCACCAGGGACUAUUUUCUUCAAGAUUCCAAUAAAAUGUACCUGGAUGCUUAUAAGUCAUAUCUGAAAACAAUAGCCAAAAUAUUGGGUGGUGAACCAAAACACGUGGACGCUAGUGCCGAACAACUUAUUGCCUUUGAAAUUAAUUUAGCAAAGAUCACAUCAGCGCCAGAAGAUAGAAGAAAUGUGUCGGAGCUGUACCGUAGGAUGUCUUUGAAGAAACUUGAAGAGUUAGUGCCUCAGGUGGAGUGGAGACGAUAUCUGUGCAUUGUAAUGAAUAGAACGGUGCGGUCAGAUGAAACUGUGGUACUGUUCGCACUUUGUUACGUCAGACAUUUGGUUCAAUUGAUAAAGGAGACUGACUCUCGCAUUUUGGCAAAUUACCUGUUGUGGCGAUUCGUGAGACACAGGGUCAACAACCUCGAUGAUAGAUUUCAGUUGGCCAAACAACAAUUCUACUACAUUUUAUUCGGACGGGAGCAAGCUCCACCUCGAUGGAAAAACUGCGUCUCCCAGGUCAACUCCAACAUGGGUAUGGCCUUGGGCUCCAUGUUCGUAAGAAAAUACUUCGACGAGAUGAGUAAAAACGACACAUUGACUAUGACACGAGAAAUACAGCAGGCGUUUAGAGAACUACUGGCUAUGACAAACUGGAUUGAUGAUAAGACCAAAAAACUUGCAGCACAUAAAGUUGAUGCUAUGAUGUUGAGAAUAGGAUAUCCUGACUUCAUACUGAAUAAGAAAGAGUUGGAUGAUAGGUAUAAAGAAGUACGAAUACAUCCGGACAAGUACUUUGAAAAUAUCCUUAAUAUACUUCAGCAUUUGACUAAGAUGGAGCAAUCGCGGAUCGGACAGCCGGUAAACAAAACCCUCUGGAACACAGCGCCUGCAGUGGUGAAUGCUUACUACAGCCGUAAUAAGAAUCAAAUCAUGUUCCCUGCCGGCAUCCUGCAACCACCCUUCUACCAUCGCCAUUUUCCUAGAUCCCUUAACUAUGGUGGAAUUGGAGUUGUUAUAGGUCAUGAAAUAACCCAUGGUUUCGACGAUAAAGGCCGUUUGUUUGAUUGUGAUGGCAACCUUCACCGCUGGUGGUCAGACUCUGCUAUCGAAUCGUUUCACCGUCGAGCGCAGUGCUUAAUAGAUCAAUACGGCCAAUACGUGGUUCCUGAAGUCAAUAUGAAGCUAGAUGGAGUCAAUACUCAGGGUGAGAACAUAGCCGACAACGGAGGUGUGAAGCAAGCGUUCCGUGCAUAUCUACAUUGGGUCCAAAAGCACGGCUCUGCACAAGAAACGCUACCUGGACUUAACCACACACACACUCAGUUAUUCUUCCUUAAUUUUGCACAGGUAUGGUGCGGUGCGAUGCGUCCCGAAGCCAUGCGUAACAAACUAAAGACUGCUGUACAUUCUCCGGGUCGGUUUCGCGUGAUAGGCACGUUGUCUAAUUCACACGACUUUGCCAGGGAGUUUCGCUGCAAACCUGGUUCGCCUAUGAACCCUAAGCAUAAGUGCACUGUGUGGUAA